CCUGUUUGACCUCAUCAUCAUCCCUGACCUCAAGUUCCCGCCAAACUUUCCAACCUUUCUUCUUUACGGCGCAUAUGAAAGAAAGACGGAGUGUCAUGACUACUGCAGUAAGCGACAGAUGUGAUGACUGAUAAAGACAAGAGAAAAUCAGAUACCUCUUCCAUGGCUGGAACAAUUCGCCGACUGGAGGAGACGGUUGUGAACCGUAUUGCAGCAGGAGAAGUUAUCGUCAGACCAGCCAAUGCUGUGAAGGAGAUGCUCGAGAACUGUUUGGAUGCAAAAUCGUCUUCCAUUCAGGUUGUUGUGAAGUCAGGUGGUCUGAAGCUGUUACAGAUCCAGGACAACGGAACAGGAAUCAGGCGGGAAGACAUGGACAUCGUGUGCGAGCGCUUCACCACCAGCAAGCUGCAGACGUUCGAAGACUUGACAUCCAUCGCUACCUAUGGUUUCCGAGGAGAAGCCCUGGCCAGUAUCAGCCACGUGGCCCACGUUACCAUAGUAACUAGAACAGCUGAGUCUAAAUGUGCGUACAAGGCUAGUUACUCAGAUGGUAAACCACUGGCAGGGCCAAAACCUUGUGCUGGGAAUCAAGGCACACAGAUCACUGUAGAGGACUUGUUUUACAAUGUCCCGUCGCGACGCAAGGCCAUGAGGAGCCCAGGAGAGGAGCACGCAAAGGUCGCCGAGGUCAUGAGCCGGUACGCCAUCCACAACGCCGGUGUAGGGUUCACGCUGAAGAAGCAGGGAGAGAGCACGGCAGAGCUGCGCACCUCCCCGACCGCCUCCACCAUAGAUAACAUCCGCACGGUGUACGGCCCCACAGUCGCCCGCGAGCUGAUCGAGGUCAAGUGCGAGGACAGCAGGCUGGCUUUCUCGAUGAAGGGUCACAUCUCCAACGCAAACUAUUCCACCAAGAAGUUCAUCUUCCUCCUCUUCAUCAACCAUCGCCUGGUGGACUCCACAGCCCUGCGGAAAGCCCUGGAGGCCGUGUACUCUGCCUACCUUCCCAAGAACAUGCAUCCGUUUGUCUACAUGAGUGUGGAGAUCAUGCCAUCCCACGUAGAUGUGAAUGUCCACCCCACCAAACACGAGGUGCACUUCCUUCAUGAGGAUGUCAUUAUCGAGGCAAUACAGAAGCAAGUGGAGACCAGUUUGUUGGGAUGUAACUCAUCUCGCACAUUCUUUACCCAGGCUUUACUCCCUGGAGCUGUUGUACCUGUAUCAGACAUCACUACCAGUGAACCUUCUUCCAGCUCAUCUUCCAAGACUUACGCCCAUCAGUUAGUGAGAACAGAUCACAGGGACCAGAAACUUGAAGCAUUCCUGAAGAAACCAGAAGAUCCUGUCAUCUCUUCUCCCAGUGUUUCUACAAAAACAUCAGUUGCAGAAGUUGAUCCUGCCGUACCAACCACAUCUAAGAUGACAGAUGCUGCUGAUGUUUCCAUGACAACAGAUGAGCACCACAAUCAGAGGAAGCGACCACGGGAGAGUGGGACAGAGGAGGAAUCUGAGGAAGUAAUUGUUGAAGAAGAGAGUAGAGGUGAAGGAAGUAAGUCUCCCCAACGACGUCCCAUCACUCUGACCAGUGUCCUGGCUCUUCACCAGGAAAUCAAAGAUAACAUGCACACAGGCCUGCGGGAGAUGGUGACCCAGCUGAAGUUUGUGGGCUGUGUGGAUCCAACACGAGCUCUCGUCCAGCACCAAACCAAGCUCUACCUCAUCAGUACACGCCGCUUGAGCCAGGAGCUGUUCUACCAGUUGGCUCUGUUUGACUUUGGAAACUUUGGCAUGCUUCGUCUGUCCGAGCCAGCGCCCAUCCGUGAACUGGCCAUGAUGGCUUUAGAUAGUGAAGAGAGUGGUUGGACUGAAGAGGAUGGGUCUAAGGAAGAGCUGUCGCAGUACAUUGUGACCUUCCUGCAACAGAAAGCACCAAUGCUUCUGGACUACUUCUCUUUACAGAUCGACUCAGAAGGCAACCUCUGCACACUGCCUUUACUGUUGGACAACUACAUCCCACCAUUAGAAGGCCUGCCAAUGUUUGUGCUGAGACUAGCCACAGAAGUUGACUGGGACAGUGAGAAAGAAUGCUUCCAGACCUUUGCAAGAGAGUGUGGGCUCUUCUAUGCCAUCCGUUCUAGUGUGGCCUCAACUAGCGAGGACUCCAAGUCGUGGAAGUGGACAGUAGAGCAUGCAUUGUUUCCUGCCUUCCGCUCGUCCCUGCUACCUCCUAAGACAUUUGCGGAAGACAGAAGUGUUCUGCAGAUUGCUAACCUCCCAGACCUGUACAAGGUGUUUGAGAGAUGCUAAAAAAUGAGAACAGUAAAGG